AUGUCCGCGUCCCCCACCAAGAAGCAGAAGGUGGCCGGCCCCUUGACGGCGCACAACCUGAUCGACGGCGCGUUCGUGCCGCCCUCGGGGGGCGACUACCUCAACGUCAUCAGCCCCAGCAGCAGCCAAGUGAUCGGCAAGUGCGCGCUGUCCACGGCCGCGGACGUGCAGCUGGCGGUGGCCAAGGGCCAAGAGGCCUUCAAGCAGUGGCGCCAGACGACCGUCAAGGCGCGCGCGGCCAUCAUGCUCAAGUUCCACGCGCUCAUGGUGCAGCACCAAGACGAGCUGGCGGACAUUGUGGUGCAGGAGAACGGCAAGAACCGCACGGAGGCGCUCGCCAGCGUGCUCAAGGGCAACGAGACGGUGGAGUACGCCUGCAGUCUGCCGCAGCUGGUGCAGGGCCGCACGCUGCAGGUGUCGCGCGGCAUCUCGUGCCAAGAGGUGCGCGAUCCGCUGGGCGUCGUGGCCUGCGUCGUGCCCUUCAACUUCCCCAUUAUGGUGCCGAUGUGGACGGUCCCCAUCGCGUUGACCAUGGGCAACUGCGUCAUCCUGAAGCCGUCGGAGAAGGUUCCUCUGACUAUGGCGCGCGUGGCGGAGCUGCUGCUGGAAGCUGGUGUCCCCAAGGGCAUCAUCAACGGAACGGUGGACCCUGUCAACAGCUUGUGCGACCACCCUGGCGUUGCCGCUGUCACGUUCGUUGGCUCGAGUCGCGUGGCGCAGCUCGUUGCUCGUCGAUGCCGCGCUCUGGACAAGCGUGUGCUCGCUCUGGGUGGCGCAAAGAACCACUUGGUGGCUCUUCCGGACGCAGAUAUUGAUGUCGCCUCCAAGGAUAUUGUUGCGUCGUACGCUGGUUGUGCGGGACAGCGCUGCAUGGCUGCUUCUGUGCUUUUGCUCGUGGGGGAUUGCAAUGCGCUGCUCGACAUGAUCGUUGAGAAGUCGAAGGAGCUGGCUCGCGGAACUGAGGCUGGGCAGGUUGGUGCGCUUAUUGAUGGAGGCUCGAAGACGCGCGUGCUCAAGUACAUCAACGAGGCCGAGGCUGCUGGUGCCAAAGUUCUGGUGGAUGGUCGGUCGUGGGCCGAGGAGACGAACGGAUUCUGGGUGGGACCUACGGUGCUGCUCCACGCAAGCCCGAACGACGCUGCCAUGAAGGACGAGAUCUUCGGUCCUGUGCUUUCGGUGUAUCGUGUGAGCUCUUUCGACGAGGCUCUUCAGAUCGAAAACGGAAACGACUACGGCAAUGCAGCCGCGAUCUACACGUCGAACGGGGCCUAUGCUGAAUAUUUCCAGUCGCGCUUCCGCGCCGGCAUGAUUGGGGUCAACAUCGGCAUUCCCGUGCCACGUGAGCCGUUCAGCUUCGGCGGUAUGUACGGCACCAAGAGCAAAUACGGCGACAUGGACAUCACGGGCGAUGGCUGCGUUGAGUUUUUCUCCACGCGCCGCAAGAUCACGACCAAAUGGAGCACGGUGAUCCACUCGGGCGACGCGGCCAACUUCAGUGGCCAGAUGUGA